GACAGCCUGCAAACACAACAUGGCCGACGCGUUGAUCGCCGGUUGCGGAGCUCCGUGGGGCCGGCGGCGGUGCUAGUGCGCGGCGCGUGCUCGCUGCGUCUUCCGGUAACCGUGGCGACCCGUCAUCCGUGGCGCGAUCGCGGACACACGGAUCGCCCGUGCGCCGAAGGCCGUGACCCGCGAGGAUAAUACUGCAACGGCAGCAGCAUCACCGCCGUCGCCUCCCCUGGGUGGUGCCGUGCAUGCAUCCCCUGUUCCAGAAUGCCUUCUCGGCGACGAUCGAAGUCGACUCUCACAUGGGCUGUUUCUCAGCUGCUGCCGCGUCGUCUGAAUGGAUGCGACCGCCGGUCUUCUUGAGUAGGCCUAGGAGGAGACGGGUCGCGGCUUGCUUCGGUGGCCGGUGCGAAGGAGGAGCGUCGCAUAUUUUAGUUACUGGGUCGGGCAUCGACGCUCUCUCGCGAUCAUGGGGGCGGCGCGGGGCCCGAAAACUUGCCCGUCACCGAGACAGCGUCAGGGUCCUCUUCGCUGCCUAUCCGCUGCCAGAAUGCCUUGGUCCAUUUCGCUGCUAUCGGCGCUGUGCGCCGUCCUGCUCUACCUGCCGCCAGCGUCCAGGGCCUACGAGUGUGACCGUAUGUUCAUCAGCAACCCGGACGGCCCCAAGAACGGAAGCUUCAGCGCCCCGCACAUGGAGAACCCGCUGGGCCAUUCUAGGCAGUGCAUCUACACUUUCAUCGCACAGGAGAACGAGAGGGUGGACAUCAACUUCACCCGCUUCAGGGUGCGAGGAUCCUCUCCAGACUGCAGCCGCGAGUACGUGGACCUGUACACGGAGCUGGCCGACCCGAGCAGCGACCUGAUCAGCACGCCGUUCGGGGGCCGCUACUGCGGGCGCGUGUUUCCCCGGCGGCGCAUCUCCAUGCACCGCACGCUCGUCAUCGGCUUCUACACCGACUACGAGAACGACACCGCCGACGUCUUCCACGGCACAUACCAGUUCGUCGAUGCCUCGCGAUUCCUGAUUGGCAAGCCGGAGCCCGGCUCGGUGUGCAGCUUCACCAUCUACGGCGACCAGAAGCGCGAGGGCGACUUCUUCUCCCCAACCUACCCGGGCGUGUACCCCAAGAACCUGCAGUGCCGCUACCGAUUCCUGGGCAGCCGCGGACAACGCGUGCGCCUCGAGUUCCUGGACUUCGACCUCUUCUACGGUGGCUCUCAUUGUCCUUUCGACUACGUGAAGAUAUACGACGGCAACUCGAGCGAGGACACGCUGAUCGGCACCUACUGCGGACAGCAGCGCAACCUGGUCGUCUAUUCGUCGGCCUCAAACCUAUACGUCAAGUUCACUACGCUGCGACGCAUGGCCGACAGUCAGAACCGGGGGUUCGCCGGCUGGUUCGAGUUCGGCGAGAAGUUCGUCAACCUCGAUUUCAUCAAGAAGAAUGACGGCGAGCACAUUCGGGGAACCGAGUGCGACCAGAAGAUCCUGAGCCGCAAGGAGUCCAACGGCACGGUGUACUCGCCCAACUGGCCGCUGCCGUACCAGGCGAACAUCGUGUGCCGCUACUACAUCUACGGCAUGGAGGACGCCCAGCACCUGGAGCGGGUGCGGCUCGACUUCGACAAGUUCCACAUGGACGACCACCGCGCGGACGACGGCCACGAGUGCACGGACGCUUACCUCAAGCUGUACAUGCAGGGCCAAGAGGAGCGGCAAGCCGUGGACGAGUUCGACCACGCGUUCUGCGGAAACCAGGCUCCCCCGGCGCUCAUCUCGGAGGGGCCUCGGCUGGUGAUGGUCUUCUCUAGCGGACAGACCAAGGGCACGGGCUUUCGGGCGCGCUACUCGUUCGAGACCGACUACAAGGUCCCGGGCACCCCUUCGCCCAACAACACGUGCCACUUCUGGUACCUGAGCGAGUCGCAAGCGACGGGCGACUUCAACUCGCCUCGCUACCCGGCCAACUACCCGUCCAGCACCCGCUGCGAAUACAUCUUCCUUGGGGGACUAGGCGAACAGGUCAAGAUCGUCUUCAACUACUUCAAGACCAAGGCCGAGCUCGCCUAUCACGGAUACAACGAGGCUUGCGUGGAAGACUGGCUGGAGAUUUACGAGGUCUCAGCCAAGGGCGAAUCCAGCAAGAUCGGCCGCUACUGCGCCAAGACUGCUCCGGGGCCUAUCGUGUCUGACACGGGUGUCAACAUGAUGAAGGUCAUUCUACACACCGACAGUUCUGGUGUUGCCAGUGGCUUCAGCGCUACCUACUACUUCCUCAAGGACGUCAACAAGUUUGGAGACUGCGGCGGAAACAUCACGGGCGAAGAGAACGGCCUCAUCACCAGCCCCGGAUACCCGAACCCGUACAAGAACGACCGGCAGAUGUGCAACUGGUACAUCACGGUGCGGCCGGGACACAAGGUGUUCCUACACUUUACCCUCUUCCUCAUUGAGGGGCACCCAGGAGAGCGAGGAUGUCCCAGCGCCGUGGUGCGCGUCUGGAAGAACCUGUCCGACGCGCCGCUCGAACUGUGUGGCGAGGGCCUGACCAAUGACACCAGAGAAGUGAUAUCCACCUCCAACGUGCUCAAAGUAUCAUUUAUGACCGCGCAAAAGGCUGUUGGAAAUGGUGGAUUUAGGGCCGUUUGGACAGAAAUAAGAGAAGACCCUACCUGCGAAGACCUAAGGUGCGCCCUCACUGGUUACUGCAUAUCUUCGCGCCUCAGGUGCAACGACUUGCCCAACUGCGGAAGCAGCGACAACACCGACGAAGACGAUUGCGUGCGCAGCCCCGAGCUCAACCUGUACCUGGUGGGCGGCGUGUCCGGGGGCUGCGCGGCCUUCACGCUGCUCACGCUGUGCCUGGUGUGCCGCAGCAGGCGGAGGCGGCGGCGCCGGAGGAGGCGGCACCCGCCGUUCGGCGACCGGCCGCCCCUGCGGCCACCGCCGCCCGGAGAGGUGCCGGCCAUGCACUUCGUCUCCAUGGACACCGUGUGACUAGAGACCACCGUCUAAGAGCGACGAGGCACCCAGGAACUGACCACUCCUCCACACACACUCCACCAUCAUUCCUUCCCGACACCCGGGGUCAGGGAGGAUGGACAAAGAACGAUGCGGAGCCCAAUACUCUGCACGCCGCAUUGUUACCCAUACUUCCCUCCGAAACCCGCUUGUCUGCCUACCUGCGUAACUGGGUGGGAAGGUGCGGCCGUGUGCCACCUUGAGUCGCAUUGAUUGGCUCCGAUGUGUUAAGUUGAGCUAGGUAGACGGGUGAGCUAGUUGGUCCUGCAUCGGAGUUUUAGCUUGCCAACGAACUGUUACCGCUUACGGAAUACCGGAGAGACGGAGAGCUGGUAGUGCCAUCCUGCGACGAAGAGUUCCAGCUACAGCUACAAAACUGUAAUUGCAAGAUCAUGUUCUACUUAGCUGCUGGCGUAAAUACGUCGGCAGCAAUGAUCACUAAAGUGUUUCGCUUUAUUCCUUAUUCCUUCCGGCGAGGAUACUUAUGCAAUACAGAAGCGCGCCUGGCACGUUAUAGCCGAACAAAGCGUCACAAGUUGUCGCUACCAGCACUGCUACAAUAUGCUGCCAUCCCAUGUUCCGGUAUACCUUGAACUGAAAUAGCACACAAACAGGCUGGAACACUUGGUACCGAGUGAUUCAGCGUGUUUCUUAAUUUGUUCCCUGUGUAUUCAGCGAUGUCGCUCUCUUCAAGAAGCAGACCUAGCUUGUUCGUCGUCGAUAGGAUUCUACAGGCAAACGAGCGAUCAAAUUAAUCUGUUCGCAAGAAUAGCAAAGUGGCAUGAAAGCGAGACAAAGAAAGAUGUAACAACACCGUUCUCGCGAUGUUUGUCUUAUUUCGCAUGAGCUACUGAUCAGGACCACAACAUUAAAUGUGUCCUAGUUCCCUCCUUAAGAUAUAGCGUUCGCUAGUUUAAAACUAUAACUCACAUCGGGUGAAUACACACGGGUUCUGAAUUGCCGUGGCGACACAACUUUUGCGUGUUUCGUGAAGUGAACAGGAGGAGCCUGGGCUAGCGUCGAAAUACAGUUUCGCGCUGCUACGGCUGACGCAGACGGGCUUACUACUGCCAGAUGCAAUGAAGUUGCGAUGUCCAGAAAUACAGGUGAACACUAGCCUGCAGUUUCUCAACGUCCUUCGUACACGCUCCUGCUCAAAAUAUUUCAGAGCACCUGACGCCUAAAGAGAGGGGUUGGUCAGGCAUAUUGCGUCAUGAACAGCUUCCGUACGUAAUCCUGCCUCCAAUGUUGUUGUUCACCUUUAUAAUGCCCAUGUUAUCCCUCCUCGACUUUCGUCUGCACGGCGCCAGAGAAGGGUGCCGCUGAGGCGGCAGUGUCGUUGUUUGACGCGCAAUGCGUGCAGUGUAUUGGAUUCUCGUGCGGUUCUUUCGUUGCAGAGAAGCCACCUUACGAAAGACAGAAGUAGCACGGUAGAGCUCGACGCGCGUAACUGCCCGCAGUAAAAGGUUGUCUCUCAAACCAGCCUGCUUAUAACCGCCACGAUCUUGGUUGCAAUUCGGUACUCUAUCCUAACGCUAACGCUUACUUGACUUUGUCCCUCCCUUUUUUUUUUUCUUGCUGAUAUGCGAAUACGUUUAUAUGACCUAAGCAAAAACGACGCCUGGCGUGUAUUGCUACGCUGAGCGCGUACGACCGCGUUGUAAACGAAACCGAGAAAUUUAUUCUUUCGGCGAGCUUACUCGCGAACUGCUUUGACAAAUCAACGAGUCGCAGGUCUAAAAAUUACCAGGUACUGUGACAUAAAAGUGCUGGCAGGCGGACGCGAACGGCUUGAGAGGUGCGAUCCUUUUGCUGUCUGCUUUUAAGGGCGUCGGGCACAACGCGGAGUCACUUCCAAAUCUUUGCACCGCAAGCGUGAACCGCGUUGCUACUUGAACAGCGACGCGUGAAGCGAAGUGCUGUGCAAUCCCACUCGUUUCGGUGACGGCGAGCGCGGGCUGCAAAUGUUGCAACACUUCAGUGCCAAAACCAAGCCUCAGCCAGAGAGCGCUCCCCGCUGACCUCUGCUAGUGCAGACCAGUGGUGCUUCCGGAAACGACGCUAGCGUCGCGUAGCGGCGCUCGCGAGCGAGGCCCUGCCGUCCUGAGAAGCCAUGAGACGGAGCGGUUGAUGCAAUGGCGUCGAAAGCGAGUACCAAGCACCGCCGACGUAGGCGCAACAUUACGCGAAUGCGCACUCUGUCCGAAGCCUACCAUGUGGCGGCCGAACAUGCAAUUUUCGUAAAGGCAGCGAGGCCAGUGAAACCUUACAAGACUGAGAUCCCUCCCAAGUCUACCCUGCUUACCUUUCGUUUAACACCGUUAUUCUCUUCAUCUAUUUUUUUGUUUCAAUUGCUGUUUCCUCCUUUUUUUCUUUUUUACGCCGUAGCGCAGUAGCAGGUUUGGCCAACUGACAAGCUCGCAAGUCAAGCACUUCGAUGCGGUCGAACAAGGACUGCUACUGCGAACACAUGUGCGCCAGUUACUUGUUUUCCACUUUAUUUUCGGAAGCUACGUCGCGAAAACGACUCGCUUAGCGUGUGCGAGGUUCUGCGUUACGUCACAGAGUAGCCAGUGUUGAGCGAUCUUGCAAGCCUGGUUUGUUGAUUUAGACAGUGCUAACUUAAACGUUAGCUAUCCCAUAACCGAGGUCACGAAGGCACUAGCUUUUCUUAUGCAGUCAUUUUUAUUCUUCCCUUCAUCCCUCUGUCACAAAAAUACUCUUCAGCUAGGUGUAUAACAAUUUUACCGCUUGCCGAGUGGAUCGAACCAUGUUAAACGUCUCGGGCAUAACGAAAAAUUUAGAAUGCAUUAGCGAGGUCCAGGAACUUUCCUUCGUGCUUUGAGAGCAUAUUCAAGAUCUUAGGAUAUAUAUGUCAUAUUGACGGCCGCAAGGACCAGCGGGGAACACGAGAUAGGUAAUUUGAUAAUGCAAUAACGCUAUGCGAAUGUGAAAGGAGCGUUGUUCCUUGUUUGUUCUUUUAGCAGGUUUGUUAGUGUUACUGCGGAAUAAGCAACCAUCUGUUGACAUUAUUGCAAGUAAAGCAAAGAAGUGUUUUUCGUCUUUCCAGUGCUGAUGUCGUUAUACGAUGCUUGAUAAUGCUGGUGCUUUCGCAGUAGGUAUAACACUGUCUUGAGAGACGCAGGCAUCUGUAACAAGCUCGCGAAGUUUGACUCAAUAAAGCGUUAUCUGUUAUAUUCGCACACA